AUGGCAAAACGUAUUCUAUUCAUUGGUCCAACUGGUUCAGGUAAAUCAACACUAAUUAAUGCAUUAUUCAAUAAUGAUAUUAAGAAAGAAUCUUUGUCAAAACCUGCUGUAGCUAACGAUACGUCUUCUGGUGUCACAUCUACUUUUACUACUUAUUAUGAUUUCCCAAGUUAUGCCUAUACAGAUUCUAUUGGUUUCGGUGAUAAUCGGUUUGAUCAUAAUCAAAUUUUUCGUUCUUUAAAAUGCGUCAUUAAACAAUCCAUGGUUGGCUAUAAUCGAAUUUAUUUGUGUUUGAGAUAUGGGCGUAUGUCAAAUUAUAUACGUUAUUAUAUUGAAUUUUUAACAGCAGUAUUUGACCAAGGUAUCCUAGAUUACUGUACACUUGUCUUUACACAUUGUAAAGAUAAAUCAAUGACGACACAAUUGUAUCUAGAAAAAAAUAAAGAUGAUCAAGAUAUGUGUGGUAUAAUAAACAAAGUCCACAAUGUUGUCUUUGGCGAUAACAAUGUAGAUGAUGAUGAAGAAGUCGAUAAAAUUCUACUGGUUAGAAGAGAAAAUUUUUUAGGCCAAAUUAAAGCUGAUAUUAAUGAAUCAAAUGAACAGUAUUAUAUACCACGUCCAACUGAUUUUAUAGAGUGGAUUACUCGCAUCAAUUACAUAUUUAAGAAACUUAUACUGAAUUCGACAUCGCUUUUUAGGCUAGGUGCAGCAACUGUACAUGCAAUUACGCACGGCGAGAUAAAAUCUCUAGCAAAAUUCUUUGAAACAGAGAACUGCGUAAAAUACGAAGAAUACUAUGGUGAAUGUCCAAUAUGUUUGGAUUCAAUGUGGUCGAAAGAUGCAACUAUAACAAAAUGUCAUCACGUCUUUCAUCAACAAUGUUUGCUGCAACUUCUAACACCAAUAUGUCCUAUAUGUCGUGAAAACAUUAAUCUAUCUGAGGAGAAGAAAUAA